GUGAUCCCGAAGAAAAUGUAUCUUUGUUUUCAAUGCGACAAACGUCAGUGCUAAGCCAAAAAUUCGUAGAAUAUAAAAACUAAAAAUUUCGGAAAACUUAUAUUUGAAUUUCUUCGGUAGAAUUCUUGUGGUGCAGCCCCAAAGAUGUGCACUCCCUGCUGUAAGGCAUGCAGAGCACCGACGAAGUGUUCCAGUUGCCCACCGAUGUGCUGUAGUCCGGGUAUUAGCUUCUGCAUUUUCGAUCUGGAGAGUGCGGUGUUUGACACUCGUCACGUUUACACGAGGGCUCUAAACGAGCUGGCUUCGAGUUACAACAGGAUGGUGCCCGAGGAUGUGCUGAUCCAAAGUGGACCCAUGGAAACGGCCGAAAUGGCGGAGUUGAUUUGCCGGAAGUGCGAUUUGCCCGUGAGUUGGGAGAGUUUUCGCUUUCAGCUGAACGAACGCACCUCAGAUUUGAUUGCAAAUCCCACGCUGAUGCCUGGAGUCUUGCGAUUGGUCACCCAUUUACGCAAAUGCUGUCUGGGAUUGGGAUUGGUCACCUCGUGCUCGGAAUCCAUGUACUGCACCAAGAUCCGCGGUAGGGAGGACUUCUUCAAAAACUUCUCGUCGGUGAUCUGUGCGGAUGAUCCGGAAUUGAGGGCCUACAAGCCGGAACCGGAUGUCUACCUGAUUGCCAUGUCUCGACUGGGCGAUGCUGGACCGGAUUGCACACUGGUGUUCGAUGGCACUCCCAAAGGAGUCCAGGCAGCUGCGGAUGCGCGAUUGCCAGUUGUCAUGCUGGCCGAAAAUGAUCUUCCCUGUUGCUGGUCUGAGUUGGCCACCCUGCGAUUGGAAACCUUGGAGGAAUUCGAGCCCGAGGAGUUCGAUAUGCCCCCAUACAGUUGCACAGAGCCACCUCCUCGAAAAUCCAAGACUGCAAGUCGCCGAAGUUCGCAAAAAUCCGACGGAAGUCGAAGGAGUUCCGCUGCCAGGAGAAAAGCUGCUGAAGACUUGGCAGCCGAUGAGGGCGAGGAGGAAGAAGAUGAAGGCGAAGGAGUUGCCUAAUUAUGGUAGAAAUUUUCGUGUACUAUAACUUUUUUUUGUAC